AUGGUUGAUGUUCGCAGACCUGUAUUAAAUGCGUAUAUCGUAUUACAUGUAGACAUAGAAUGGAAUUUCGUGAAAUUUCUAGUUGACAGGAAUGGUACUCCUGUAUCUCGUUACAGUUCAAUAACUCCACCUAACAGUAUGGAAGCUGAAAUUCGGAAGUUACUUGGCCUUUCUAAUGAAUUAUAA